AUGAUUCAGUUGGGACAGUUAGGUGGAUUAAUUACUGGUCAUAAUAAAACAGUGUUCACUGAGAAUUAUGGCAACAUCUUGACUCUUUUGUACUCACAUGUCGACGAAUGGGCUUUAUCUACUCUUCUCCAGUUCUAUGAUCCCGACUUGCGUUGUUUCACCUUCUCAGGCUAUCAGUUGGCUCCCACUCUCGAGGAGUACUCUCAUUUUCUCAAUAUCAAGGUUCAACGCAAGGUUCCUUUUGUUUGUGUCCCAGAGGAGCCUGAUUUGGAUUACAUUGCCAACGCUCUUUAUUUGAGCAUAGGAGACGUUCAUGAAAAUUGGAAGAAGAAUGGUAACACUCAUGGUUUCUAUAUGAGUUUCUUGAUUGAAAAGGCCCAAGAGUUGGCUAACAAAAAGAUGUGGGAAGCUUUCAACGCCCUUCUGGCCGUUCUGAUUUAUGGGAUCGUGAUGUUCCCUAACAUUCACAAGUUCGUUGAUUUGGCCGCUAUAUGUCUUUUUGUGGAUAAGAAUCCGGUCCCUACUCUGCUAGUCGAUAUGUACUAUUCCAUUCACUCUCGAUAUGGUAAAGGAGGAGCCAUACGAAAUUGUUUGUCGUUGUUAUACACCUGGUUUAAGUCCCACUUACCUGCAAGUGGUCCUUUCGUUACUUCCACUCAAAAGUGGUCUCAAAGGAUCAUGGGGCUUACUGCAAACGACAUUGUCUGA